AUGGACUUUGUGGAGACCAAGUACCCACAUGUUGACACAAUGAAGGCCCUUGGAAUCUUUGAAGAUGUGGAGUUGGUUCUCAAGAACAUGCACUUGGCCAAGUUCUUCUCUUAUCACAUGGAAUCCUACAAGGAGCUCACUUGCGAGUUCUUGGCUUCAAUGAGUUGGAGAUCUUGUUUGGGUUCAACUAUGGAGAAGGUAAGUGGAACUUCAAGGAAAGAGAACUCCAAAGUUUGGGCUACAAUCGCUGAUGGAGUAUACUCUUCCUCAAGGUCCAAGGCUGCUCAAAUCAGGAGCCCAGUGUUGAGGUAUGUGCACAAGGCACUUGCCAACACCUUCUUUGCAAGGAAGGCACCGGGACAUCAACGAGGGGGAACUCAAGUUUCUUGA